AGCCCGCCCUCUUCCGCUGCGGCCGUGGGAAUGGAAACAUCUGCCCCACGUGCCGGAAGCCAGCUUGCGGCGAUGACGGCGCGCCGCUCCGCGUCCUACCGCGCCGAAGCCCCGCGGGUGUCAUCGCGAGACGGGCUCGCCGACAUGGCCGCGUCCAGUCAAGGAAACUUUGAGGGAAAAUUGGAGUCACUGGACCUUGCAGAAUUUGCUAAAAAGCAGCCAUGGUGGCGCAAGCUGUUUGGGCAGGAAUCUGGGCCCUCAGCUGAAAAAUAUAGCGUGGCAACGCAGCUGUUAAUUGGAGGUGUCACUGGAUGGUGCACGGGUUUCAUAUUCCAGAAGGUUGGAAAGUUGGCUGCAACAGCUGUAGGAGGUGGAUUUUUUCUCCUUCAGCUUGCAAACCAUACUGGUUACAUCAAGGUUGACUGGCAGCGAGUGGAGAAGGACAUGAAGAAAGCCAAGGAGCAGCUGAAGAUCCGUAAGAGCAGCCAGAUACCUACGGAGGUCAAAAGCAAAGCAGAGGAGGUCGUGUCAUUUGUGAAGAAGAACGUUCUAGUGACUGGGGGAUUUUUCGGAGGCUUUCUGCUUGGCAUGGCAUCCUAAGAAGGACAACUUCACUUUUGUGAUUCCUGUUUUCUCCAGCCAGCUGCCUCUGCACUCCAUCAUAAGACGUCAGGUCUCUCCUGCUUCUCCUCUUUCUCCAUGACUUCUGCCGUGGCGUAUCCGAAUGGCUCCUGUAGACAUCUGUCGGUACAAGCUGACACGGCCCCGCUGUGAGCUUGGUGGCAACGGAAGAGCCCAUAGGCGUUAGCUCUACUCCCUGCACACUCCCCACUUACUAACCUGUAGGUCAACAAAAACGUUCCUUUCCCCUCCCGUAUAAGAUGCGUAACAGAGCUUGGUACGCAAGAUGGCUCACCUUGGAGGAUGAGUGGAUCCUCAAAGGUUGCCCUGAACUUGAUUUGGGAAAAAAAAAUCGCAAACGUAUAGAUACCUGAUGUGCUGCAUGGAAAGGAACUGAAUACAUUUGCCUUUAAGCAUGAAAGACUUGGUAUCUUGGUGUCUCCUUUCUUUUUUAGUUGGUUUUAGAUUACAGAAAGAGAGUUGUUUAUAUACUUGCUGUAAGUAUCCUGACAAAAUGGCAGCAUAAGCCCUAGCAUCGAAAAAUCUGAAUAUGGAAUGAACUUGUGCUAAAGGUAUAUGUGUGCUGAGCUGAGGGUAUUGUGUUUGGUGGGAAGGUCUUGAGGGAAACCAAGUAUCAUAGCUACGUCAUCGGAUGGUCAGACUUAUGAAUCAUUUAGGGACAUGAAGAUCUUAUCCAGGGACGUUUUCCAGCAUCCAGCAACUCGUGGCUGUUUCCAGAGGGGUUUUUCUCAUGGCAAAAUAAGUGACUACGUAGGAGAGGUAAGAAGCUCUUGGAUUUUUAUUUCA